AUGGAUGAUGAGGACAGAAUUAAAAGUAUCUACCUUAGCUUGAAAAAUAAAAACAAGAGAGAGUGGGCUGAGAUGAUGCAACAUUUAACGAAAGACCAGAAGAGAAGAUUAAUCUUUUACAUAAGGAAGAAAAAUAAAAAUUCCCUCAACAAAAUCAACAACAUUAAAGUGGAAAAGAGCACUGAAAAGGAUAUCCAAAAGGUUAAGGCUAAAAGUAGCAGCCAACACCGACAACAGAUUCUAGUGGAUUAUUCCAAUGUAAAGUACGAUCUGAACUUAAAAAACUACAUUGCCAGAAUACUACGCAUUUACAAACUUAAAGACAACUUUGACUUCACCAAAGCUCUCCACCUCUACAUGAACAUACUUUGCCAUGUAAUUUUUAAAAAAUUUUCAUUCGAAUAUAACAAGAGGGAUUCUAAAAAUAAGAACCUCCUGAUAUUCCUGAAGAAGCUCUUCCCCUUUGAGUUCCAAAACUUUCAAGACAUAUAUAACAUGAGAUGGAGCAAAGAUUUCAGCACUUCUGAAAAUGUCUUCACCGUAGGAAAUUCGACAAAUGUAAUAAACGAAGCAAGUGGAAAUGCCACGAUGAGUGAUGCGGGGGCAUCAUAUGGAACACACAGACAAGUCGAUCAUCCAUGUGCCGAUGAUAACAACGUAAAUCCUUCCCACGUGGAUAGACAAAAAGAUACCACAGAGACUGAUAAAUGGGCUAACAUCGAUUCUUUGAACACACAUAGAUGUAAUUAUGCCACCCUGGAUGGAGAAACAGAGCAUAAUGUAACUCCUCUCAGUUCCUUGGAGUGCUCACUACCAAGUGGGGGGUGCGUACCCCCUGUGGAAAGUUCCCCAAGUGCAGUCACCUCUAAUACAAGUGCGGUCCACCCCAAUGUGUUAGUCAAAACGGAGCCCGAAGACCCAGAUUACGACAGGUUCCGCCUGAACAAAGAAAAGGCAACGGAACCAUCAGAGGUGGAGAACCACCUAAAUAAAAACAUCAAGAGAGAAUAUCCAGUUUACCAAUUCUGUAGACACAAAGACAUGAACCAAAUUUUAAAAAACAUAUAUGAUGGAAGAAGGUUCGAUUAUAGAAUUCGAUUAAGGAGCCUUUUAUCCAGAGGGUUAAAUCACAAAGAGUAUGAAAAAUAUUGUGACAUGAGGGAGAAAUUAUUUAAGUAUAAAAAAAAAAACUUUAUUAAAUGGCUAGCUCAGUUUACUAAUAUUAACACCUUGGAUCUUUUUAUUGUAAAUUUUUUCAUUUUUCUUUUCCUCGACCGAUUAUAUUUGAUUCUGGAGACAUAUAUCCGACUUAACUACAACUGCAGUGUGGCAUCUUCUUCAUCGAAUGAAUAUUUGUUCGACCAUGUGGAUGAGUUUCUAGACUUCACGCACUUGUUGGAUAAUCUAUUUGGUGUGUCUCCUUGCGGGCGGGAAUCUGUACAAGGGAGAGUCAAUCCAGGUGCAAACGAACCAACGGAAGGUACAUAUGAGGUAGAAGUGCUCAACAAGCAAUACGACAACAUCGUGAAGGAGAACCCUCAAAAUUUCUUCCUCUCCCUUGACUUGAUCUACAGCCUAGACAUAUAUAACUUUAAGAUAAAAAACAAAAUUUCCUUUGAGAGGCUAAUCAGGGUGGACAUGUCUUCUUACAUUAAUGAAACGAAUAUUUACGGCCUGAUUCAGUUCGACGAGAAGAAAAACGAAAGCGCAUGGCAAGCCUUGACGCGCUUCACCCUCAUGCAGAACAGGAACCUAAAACUACCGAAAUUCAAUUGCUUCUCUAUUUUCCUAAUUGUUCGCUUCAAGUACUACCUAGACGAGUUUAAGCAUUAUGCCAAUAUCGACUACAUUUACAAAACAAUAGAGGAGGAAUACUACCAAGUGGAGAAAUAUUUAGCAGAUAAAAAUAACACUCAGGGGAAAGGGUCCACCCACAUGAACCCCUCAAAUUGUGCACAUGAUGAGAACUGUUCUGCACCUUCUACAGGUGACACAGGUAGCGAUAAAGAAUUUGAAUAUAGCCAUUUGAUUCCCUUGUACCUGGAUCUCCAGAAGGAGCUGAAAAGGGUGAAAGAGUAUAUACGAUUCUAUGGGAACCUCCUAUCGUUUGUGAACUUCAUCGAAAAAUAUGCAAACUGCGUUCCCUCUAAGAAUAUCGUGAAGAUAGAACCAGAGGAAACGAAGGUGGACUACUUCGACCACGCCUUCUUCCUCGCAUCUCAUUUGAGAGACAGGGUAAAGAAGGAGUAG